AUGUAUUUGGUAUUCCUUACUCAAGUCCUACUGAUUGUGUUCCCAGCUGUCGCUGAUAGAAAUCAGUUUAUGGUGGGCAGCAUCUUUACAUCAGACAAAGAUGAAUCGGAAAUAGCAUUUCGCACAGCGGUGGACCGUGCCAACAUAAUGGAGAGAAACAUAGAGCUUGUUCCAGUUGUGAUGUAUGCCAACACGGAUGACAGUUUCAUCAUGGAAAAAAUGGUUUGCAAUUUGAUUUCUCAAGGAGUAAUCGCCAUUUUUGGACCCAGUACAGGCAGUAGUUCGGACAUAAUUGCCUCCAUAUGCGAUACCCUCGAUAUACCGCACAUAGUAUAUGACUGGAUACCCAAUGAAUCUAUACCAGAUCGCGAGCACUCUACGAUGACUCUUAAUGUCCAUCCCGAUAACCUCUUGUUAUCCCAGGGUCUUGCCGAAAUUGUGCAGAGCUUUGGCUGGCGUAGUUUUACAGUUGUCUAUGAGACUGAUAGAGAGCUCCAACAACUUCAGGAUAUUCUGCAAGUCGGUGAGCCGAGCAGCAAUCCAACCACAGUAAAACAACUGGGACCGGAUGACGAUCACAGGCCUUUCCUCAAGGAAAUUAAACUUUCCACUGAUAACUGCCUGAUCCUGAACUGUGCUCCGGAUAAUCUAUUGAAAAUAUUGCAACAAGCCAAUGAGCUGAAAAUGUUGGGCGAAUAUCAGAGCGUUUUUAUACCGCUACUGGAUACCCAUUCAAUCGACUUUGGUGAACUUUCCGGUGUUGAAGCUAACAUAACCUUGGUCCGAAUAAUGGAUCCAACCGAUUUCCAUGUCAAAAACGUAGUACACGAUUGGGAGGAGCGCGAGAAACGCGAGGGGCGUUACUUUAAAGUCGAGCCUGAACGGGUAAAAACUCAGAUGAUACUGAUCAACGAUGCCGUUUGGCUCUUUUCUAAGGGACUGACAGAGCUCGGAAUUUUCGAAGAGCUCACUGCACCCGAACUGGAAUGCAGGCGGAAGAAACCCUGGCCAUUUGGCAAACGCAUUAUUGAAUUCAUGAAAGCGCGAUCCGAGGAAACUUCCACUGGACGAGUGGACUUUAAUGAGUAUGGUCAGAGGAGCUUCUUCACCCUGCGAUUCAUGGAAUUGAAUUCUACCGGCUUUUUGGAUUUAGCCACAUGGGAUCCGGUUAACGGUUUGAAUGUGCUGAACGAUGACGAGGAGAGCGAAAAGAGAGUGGGCCAAAAGCUGUCCAAUAAAACAUUUAUAGUGUCCUCCCGCCUGGGAGCCCCAUUUCUCACCCUGCGAGAGCCGGAGGAAGGGGAAGUCCUAAGGGGUAAUGCCCGUUACGAGGGCUACUCCAUAGACCUAAUCGAGGAAAUUGCAAAAAUGUUGAAUUUCAAGUACGAGUUCCGAAUGUCGCCGGAUGGAAAGUACGGAGCUCUCAACAAGGUUACCCAGACUUGGGAUGGUAUCGUGAGACAACUGAUCGAUGGGAAUGCUGAUCUUGGAAUCUGCGACUUAACGAUGACAUCUUCCCGUCGCCAGGCAGUUGACUUUACUCCCCCUUUCAUGACCCUAGGAAUCAGUAUAUUGUUCUCUAAGCCUCCCACACCACCCACUGAUCUGUUCUCAUUUCUAUCGCCAUUCUCCUUGGAUGUGUGGAUUUACAUGGGAUCCGCGUAUCUCUUCAUUUCCCUGCUGCUUUUCGGAUUGGCUCGUAUGGCGCCCGACGACUGGGAGAAUCCUCAUCCAUGCAAGGAACCCGAGGAGGUGGAGAACAUAUGGUCUAUUAUGAACACCACAUGGCUUUCGAUCGGCUCACUGAUGGGACAGGGCUGUGACAUUUUGCCAAAGGCUGCCUCCACCAGAUUGGUCACCGGAAUGUGGUGGUUCUUCGCUCUGAUGAUGCUCAACUCCUACACAGCCAACUUGGCGGCCUUUCUAACCAAUUCCCGUCAGGGGAACUCCAUCAGCAACGCCGAGGAUCUGGCGGCCCAGAAUAAAAUUAAGUACGGCGCGAUGGCCGGUGGUUCCACAAUGGGUUUCUUUCGGGACUCCAACUUCAGCACAUACCAAAAAAUGUGGACCGCCAUGGAAAGCGCCAGUCCCUCGGUUUUCACAAAAACCAACGAUGAGGGCGUCGAAAGGGUACAGAAGGGCAAGAAUCUGUAUGCCUUCAUGAUGGAGUCCACCACCUUGGAGUACAAUGUGGAGAGGAAGUGCGAUCUGGUGCAGAUCGGCGGCUGGCUGGACUACAAAAGCUACGGCAUUGCUAUGCCCUUCAAUUCUCCUUAUCGCAAACAAAUCAGCGGGGCAGUCCUAAAGUUGGGAGAACUUGGACAGCUGGCCGAAUUGAAACGAAAGUGGUGGAAGGAAAUGCAUGGCGGAGGAAACUGUGGGAAGAGCGAGGAAGGAGGCGGAGAUACCCCCGAACUGGGAUUGGAGAACGUGGGCGGUGUGUUCCUGGUGCUGGGACUCGGUUUGUUUGCAGCCAUGGUUCUUGGAUGUACGGAGUUCCUGUGGAACGUGAAAUCAGUGGCCAUUGAAGAGAAGAUCUCGCUAAAGGAAGCUUUUAAAUCAGAGGCUCUAUUUGCGGCUAGUAUUUGGAUCACCACCAAACCAGUACAUACAAGUUCUGGCUCUGGCAGCUCGUCUUCGUCCAGUUCCACUUCAAGUCGCACCAAGCACUCUUCGAAGUCGCAGGGCUUGUCUAUGAAAAGCCUCAAGAGCUCAGGCGAACAUGACGUAGAAGCAUCGGUUCACAACAAGCUGAAGAAAAUCGGUUCAAUGUUUUCACUAAAAUCACAGAAGACAACCACUCCGCCGCCGGAGAUUGGCUGGAAACUGGACAAGUCAACGCAAAUGGAUGAAGUACCAACUCCUGAACCGGAAACCGAACCCGAAUUGCUACCGGAGGUCGAGCCAGAGCUUCCGCAACAUCGGCAUCGUCAUCACCAUCAUCAUCAUCGCCAUCACCACCACCAUAAUCAAGGAGAUCAGGGCCAUGACGGAGGAGAUCCAUCGCAUAUCGAGUAA